CCGCAGGAUGGACAGAAAUCCCGAGUUCCGUCUCUCCCCACUUCUCUCUUGGAGCUGGUCCACGGAGGCUGUCGCGGGAACCUGCCCUACUCUGGUCCUGCUUCUCUCUCGGAGCCGCGCGGGUGAAGGCAGCAGAGUUCUCGCUCAGAAGUAAAAGUUUUUUAAGAAAAGAAAAGAUUGCUUCAUCUGAAGUAAAAAAAAGCCAAAAAAACAGUAGUGACUGCUCGGUUUCCAAGACCUUUUCUAAGAUGGAACCCAUAACAUUUACAGCCAAGAAACAUGCAUUUCCUAGUGAGAUCUCAGUGGACUUCAGCCUCCAACUAGUGGGCUCUUUGCCUGUCCAUUAUCUGACCACCAUGCCCAUGCUACCUUGGGUGGUAGCAGAGGUUCGAAGACUCAGCACACAGUCCUCCAAAAAAGAGCAUGUUGUCAAUCAAAUCCGACUCUGUGUUUCUCCUGCCUGCCUGAAGUGUGAACCUGACCCAGGGAAGAGUCACCAGUGGGAUCCACUGAUCUGUUCCAGCAUUUUUGAAUAUAAGCCCCAGCAGGUCCACAAACUGAUUCAUAAUAGCCACGAUCCAAGUUACUUUGCUUGUCUGAUUAAGGAAGAUACAGCAAGCCAGCAGAGUAUUUGCUAUGUUUUCAAGGCUGAUGAUCAAACUAAAGUGCCUGAGAUCAUUAGCUCCAUUAGACAAGCUGGGAAGAUUGCUCGCCAGGAAGAAUUUCAUUCUCAAUCUGAAUUUGACGAUACUUUUGCCAAGAAGUUUGAAGUACUCUUCUGCGGACGAGUGACUGUGGCUCACAAAAAGGCCCCACCGGCUCUGAUCGAUGAAUGUAUUGAGAAAUUUAAUCAUGUUAGCUGCAGCAGAAAAGCCGAGUUGGACAUGUUGGCCCAGAAUUCUGAAGCUAUAAGUACUGUGGGAGGGUUUUCCUUAACGGAUAAGUUCCGAUCGGUGUUCCAGCCAGGAGGCAGUGCAGAACAGGACAGAAAACCGAUGAGGAAAUCUUUCUCUCAACCCGGACUGCGUUCUUUGGCUUUUAAGAAGGAGUUUCAAGACGCAGGCUACAGAAGUAGUAGUUUUUUUGGUGGCUCCUUUGAGGAAAAUGACAUUCAGAGCCACCUGAUCAGUGGACAUAAUAUCGUGCAGCCAACAGACAUAGAGGAGAAUCGGACUAUGUUAUUUACGAUUGGCCAGUCGGAAGUUUACCUCAUCAGUCCUGACACCAAAAAAAUAGCAUUGGAGAAGAACUUUAAGGAGAUUUCCUUUUGCUCUCAGGGAAUUCGACAUGUGGAUCACUUUGGGUUUAUCUGCAGAGAGUCUUCAGAGAAUGGAGGUUUUCAUUUUGUUUGCUACGUUUUUCAAUGCACAAAUGAAGCCUUGGUUGAUGAAAUUAUGAUGACUCUGAAACAGGCUUUCACUGUUGCAGCUGUGCAACAGCAGACCUCCAGAGUUCCAGUUCAGCAGUGUGAAGGAUGCCCCAUGCAUUACCUCCACAAGCUAUGUGAGAGGAUAGAAGGAAUGUCUUCUUCCAAAACUAAGCUGGAGCUCCAGAAGCACCUCACAACACUAAAUAAUCAAGAACAAGCAACUAUUUUUGAGGAGGUUCAGAAAAUAAGGCCCAGAAAUGAGCAAAAGGAGAAUGAACUUAUUAUUUCUUUCCUGAGAUGUUUAUAUGAAGAAAAGCAAAAAGACCACGUUCAUAUUGGGGAAUCAAAGCAGACAUCACAGAUUUCAGCAGAGACUAUUCGAAAUGAAUUGCCAACCAAUGCUCCUCGGUUCAGGCUUGAUAUGCUGAAAAGUAAAGCAAAGAGAUCAUUGACAGAAUCCCUAGAAAGCAUAUUGUCCCGGGGGAGUAAAGGCAAAGGGUUGCCAGAACAAUCUGGGAGUGUGGAUCUGGACAGCUCUGUGUCGAGUACAUUCAGUAACACCAGUAAAGAGUUGUCAAUGGGGGAAAAGGAGCUGCCAGCCCUCCCAGAAGGUUCUUGCCCGCCCCCGGGGUCCUUAGAUGACCUCUCCAGCACCUCGGGGAGCCCGCUGCCCGAGGAGGCCGCCCCGCCAUCCCCGCGGCAGGAGUUCAGGAGGCGAGCGAACACACUGAGCCACUACCCUGUGGAAGGCCAGAAGCCCCCGGAGCCGCCCGAGGCGUCGCCCGGCCUUCCGCAAAGGAAACUUAUGAGGUAUCACUCAGUGAGCACAGAGACUCCUCAUGAGCGAAACUUGAACCCACCUGUUGAUGAGUCUAAAAGUCGCUCAGGUCAGUCUUCGACUCCUGCUCUCCCACCUCAUCGUCUUAAUCCCUCAGCCUCCUCACCAAAUUUUUUUAAAUACCUAAAACAUAAUUCAAGUGGAGAACAAGGUGGGAAUGCUGUGUCAAAGAGCAUCUCCUAUCGUAGUGCCCUGCGGAAAAAACUUCAUUCUUCUUCCUCUGUGCCAAAUUUUCUAAAAUUUUUGGCUCCUGUAGAUGAAAAUAACACCUCUGACUUUAGGAGCACAAAAAGGGACUUUGAAUCGAAAACACACCACCAUGAUAGUAACAAUGAGAGCCCUUUGAAGACCCGCCGGCAUUCAUGGAGGCAACAGAUCUUCCUUCGAGUGGCAACUCCACAGAAAGGGUGUGAUUCUCCUAGUAGAUUUGAAGAUUAUUCAGAUCUGGGAGAUCUUCCUCCACGUUCUCCAUUGGAGCCAGUGUGUGAAGAUGGUCCCUUUGGCCCUGUGAUAGAGGAGAAGAAACGAACAUCCCGAGAACUCCGGGAGCUAUGGAAGAAAGCAAUUCUACAGCAGAUUCUGCUGCUCAGGAUGGAGAAGGAGAACCAGAAACUGCAAGCUUCUGAAAACGAUUUGCUAAAUAAACGACUGAAGCUUGAUUAUGAAGAAAUCACUCCCUGUCUUAAAGAUGUAACUUCAGUAUGGGAAAAAAUGUUAAGUACACCAGGAAGGUCAAAGAUUAAGUUUGACAUGGAAAAAAUGCACUCUGCUGUUGGGCAAGGAGUACCUCGUCAUCACCGUGGUGAAAUAUGGAAAUUCUUAGCAGAGCAGUAUCACCUGAAACACCCAUUUCCCAAUAAACAGCAGCCAAAGGACACUCCGUAUAAAGAACUCUUGAAGCAGCUAACUUCCCACCAGCAUGCAAUUCUUAUUGAUCUGGGCCGCACCUUCCCGACACAUCCGUACUUCUCGGCGCAGCUGGGGGCGGGGCAGCUGUCGCUCUACAACAUCCUCAAGGCCUACUCGCUCCUGGACCCGGAGGUGGGCUACUGCCAGGGCCUGAGCUUCGUGGCCGGCGUGCUGCUCCUUCACAUGAGCGAAGAGGAUGCCUUUAAGAUGCUGAAGUUUCUGAUGUUCGACAUGGGACUCCGGAAGCAGUAUCGGCCGGACAUGAUCAUCUUACAGAUCCAGAUGUACCAGCUCUCAAGACUUCUUCACGAUUACCACAGAGAUCUCUAUAGUCACCUGGAAGAACAUGAAAUUGGCCCCAGCCUUUACGCUGCCCCUUGGUUUCUUACCAUGUUUGCAUCCCAGUUUCCAUUAGGAUUUGUAGCCAGAGUUUUUGAUAUGAUCUUUCUUCAAGGAUCAGAGGUCAUAUUUAAAGUGGCCUUAAGUCUGCUUGGAAGCCAUAAACCCUUGAUUCUACAACAUGAAAAUUUAGAAACCAUAGUAGAUUUUAUUAAAAAUACACUACCAAAUCUGGGCUUGGUGCAAAUGGAAAAGACCAUAAAUCAGGUGUUUGAGAUGGACAUCUCCAAGCAGCUACAGGCUUAUGAAGUUGAAUACCACGUGCUUCAGGAUGAACUUAUCGAUUCCUCUCCACUCAGUGACAACCAAAGAAUGGACAAAUUAGAAAAGACCAACAGCAGCUUACGGAAACAGAACCUUGACCUCUUGGAAGAAUUGCAGGUGGCCAAUGGGAAGAUCCAGAGCCUUGAGGGCACCAUCGAGAUGCUGUUGGCCAAUGAGAACAGACUGAAACAGACGGCCUUGGCUUUAGAGCUGGAGAGGUCGGCCCUUCUGAGGACCGUGGAGGAGCUCCGGAAGAAGGCCGCCCAGCUGGGGAACGGCGACCUGGGUGCCGCCCAGCCGGAGCUCACAGAGGACGGUCACUGAGGAGCGGCUGCCCCCAGCGGCCUGGAGGAGCUCCCCCAAGAGGGCCGAGGGAAGCACGGCGCCGGCGUCCUUGCCUUAGCCUAGCCACGCAGGCGGAGGAGUGGGAUGUAGAGACGCGUUGCUCAGGGAGGAACCUCUUGCUUUUGUUAUCACGCGAAGGCUUCUCACCGAACAUCAGGGCAGUUUUCUAAAAGUUGGGAGGAGGGAGAGAUGUUCAGUUACUUUAUUUUCUUCUUCCUUAGACCCUAAGUCCCGUGUCCCCAUCCAUGCCACUUACGUACUCUGAAGAUUUAGGUAGACGAGAGCCCUUUGAUAUCAAUAAAUGCACUUUCCUGUUA